AUGGCAGGAAUCAUCUUGCUGGCAGUGGUGUGGGUCAGGUUUCACACAGCAGUUGUGGCCUGCAAGAAGAGCGACGACCAGAUCAUACCAGAUGGCAAGACCAUCGCUGCUGAGUACAUACGGAAGGGCACCUUUGUCAUCGAUCUGCUCUCCCUUGUACCCUUCCUUGUGCAGGUCAUUCUUUUGUUGGCGGCUGCAGCAGCCGGGGAGCCAGCUGUGAGGGCGCUGGUUGUGGCGAUGCCAUACCUUAACGCCUUGCGCCUAGUCAGAAUGCCAUUCGUCUUCUCCAUUGUCAAGUCCAUGUUUGUGGAGUCGCUUGGAGGGGACUUGGGAGGGAAGCUGCUGGGGCUGCUGCCAGUGUGGGCAGUGCAUCUGGUGGACUUGCUCUAUGCCAAGUUUGUGCUCAUCAACCUCAUGGGCUGCAUGUGGCUCUUCACCGCUUACUCUGAAGGCCUCUCCAGCAGAACCUGGCUCGACGAUGUCGGCGGGAUAGAUCUCAGAGAGUGUUCAACGAUGGACCAGUAUGUGGCAGCGAUCCAUUUUGCCAUGACGACUAUGGCGACGGUGGGCUAUGGUGAUGUGGCGCCUAGAACCAGGACAGAGCGGCUGGUGGCAAUGAUCAUCAUGGUGAUUGGGCUGCUGUUCUUCGGACUGCUGAUCAAUGCUGUCGGCGCCCUGCUCAAGGACGCAAGCACGGGGGUGCGGCGGGCGCACGCGCUGCGCAAGAAGAUGAACACGGUGGACGUGUACUGCGAGGCGCGCGAGCUGCCGGAUAUACUUCGCCAGGAGAUGUACAGCUACUACCAGGACGUGUGGGUCAGCUACGACGAGGUGCAUGAGGGGGAGAUUUUGAAGGAGCUGCCGGUGCACCUGCGCGCCAAGCUGGUCUGCCAUGUGCUGCGAGAUGUAUUCCAGAACAGCUACAUCUUCAAGGGUCUGGAUGAGAUGACUAAGAUGGAGCUGGCGGCGGUGGUGACUCCGGUGGUGGUGCUGCCCAGCCACGACCUGUGCCGCUCCGGCGACCGUGCAGACUGCCUGUGGCUCCUGCAGGACGGCACGCUGGAGAUGAUUUCAAAGAGCUUGCAGGGGACCAAGCUGCUGGCGGCUCCGGCGGUGAUUGGCGAGUCGGCAAUGCUGACGCAUAGCAUGCCGGAGCUGGAGCGCAGGUCGGCCACCUUCCGGGCCACGGGCAGAGCAUGCAUGGCCUGGCGCCUCUCCAUGGACGACCUGCAGGCACUGCUGGACCUGAACCCGCAGCUGAAGGACAUUCUGAUGGCGGGCCUGGCAAAAUCGCUACGCAGUGCCCCCACACCAGCACAGGCGCUCUGGAGGGAAGCUUUUCAGAAGCUGCCCAGGCGGCAGAGCGAAGAGAUCGGCAUACCACCGGUUUCUUCAACAAUCGGUGGAGGCAGCUCGACGAGGUCUGUGGCCCACAGCCACGAUGUGUUUGAGCAUGCGUUGGGAGACAGGGAGUUGCCGCGGCGCAUCAUACGAGCGCUCAGCGGCCGGGAGAGGCCGCCAGAAGGAGACCCAGUCUUUGACUUUGAGGGGUCUUCUAGCUAGCCGAUGUGCUCCUGUUGGAUGGUGACGCCUUGGGCGUGCUUAUGCUCCGUAAUAUGCACUACUUCGCAGUAUUUUAACUGGGUUUUGAACGGUAUUAUGCAUGGCGAUGACUCAUCGCCGAUGGGUAUAUCCUUUGUGUACACUAAAUUUUUCUUUUAUGGACAUGCAUCUUGCCUAGGUCUGUCUCAGGUCUGUCUAGGUCUAUAGAUCCUCUGUGACCAGAUGUGCCUCUGUUCAUCUGUCAUAGGUAGCUAUUUGAAAACCACUUGGGACCACACAAUUUCUGGAACAAUGUGGUUCCAGAAGUCAGGCGGCAUAUCCAGUAGUGCAAUUGCAAGCCACCAAUGUUUUGCUGGUCUCAGAUCUGUGAGAAAGGAAGUAGUGUAGAAAUCCCAUAUGUUGAAUCCAUAGCUAAAUCAUUACAGAAUC